ACACAACAGGUUGUUAACAGUCACAAUGCGUGCUCUCAUCGUUUUAGCCCUUGGCCUGGCAGUGGCUUCUGCCGAUAGGAUCAUUGGGGGAUCCACGACGACGAUCGAUCGGUACCCAUUCACUGGGGCCAUGCUUCUGUCACCCUCAGGCUCUGGAUCGUUCUGGCAGGCUUGCGGUUCUUCUAUAUUGAAUAACAGAGCCGUUCUCACUGCUGCUCACUGUUUCGACCGACACCCUUCAACUUCCCAAUGGCGUAUACGCGUUGGUUCCACAAACGCCAACAGCGGCGGUUCAGUCGUAACCACGAACAGAAUCAUCAACCACCCCAGUUAUAAUAGGCACACCUUCGACAACGAUAUUUCCGUUUUGAGAAUCAACGGCGCCUUCUCUUUUAAUAACAACGUUCGUGCAUCACGUAUCGCUGGCGCCAACUACAAUCUUGCCGACAAUCAGGCCGUGUGGGCCGUCGGAUGGGGAGUUACUAGCGUCGGUGGCCGACCUUCGGAACAGCUUCGUCACGUCCAAGUUUGGAGCGUAAACCAGAACACAUGCAGAACCCGUUACGCGGAGCUCCGUCGCACAAUCACUGCUAAUAUGUUGUGCGCGGGCUGGCUCGAUGUUGGCGGUCGCGACGCGUGCCAGGGUGACUCUGGUGGUCCUCUGCUCCACAACAACAUUGUUGUCGGUGUGUGCUCUUGGGGAGAGAGAUGCGCUUUGGCUCGUUACCCUGGUGUCAAUGCUCGUGUAUCACGCUACACAGCCUGGAUUCAAAACAACUCUUAAUUUUUUAAUUGGAAAUAAAUUAUAAUUGUUACU